UUUCGCCAAUUUGUUUCGCAUGGUUGUGUAGUGUAGCCGGUCCGCGGGCGUCACGGUAACACGUUAACAGCUUGUCGCACUACUUGGACACGGAAGAGCUCAGAAUGCCGGACCGAAGGAAUAUUACAGUAGUCUUCGGCGUCGACCGCAAGUGGUCGAAGCUGUUAAGCAUGUCUGAAUCAGAUUCCUCCGAUUCGGAACUUCUUUUACAAGCUUUUCCGGUACCGCCGAGCGACACUACCGAUCCUCCGAGCAUCGAGAAAGCACUUACCUCGCCAGAAGAAUACAUAAAAUUUGUUCGAUAUGAAGCGUCAUCUUAUCCCAAAGUCCUCCACAGUGGCUUUGUCCCCUCAGAACCAGCUGAAGAGGCUGGACAAGAGAAUAACAGUUUUUGCUCCUCUUCAUCCGAAGCUUUACCACAGUCAAAUGAAUACCUUCUUUCGAACUUCGAUUCAACGGUUGAGGAAUUUCGGGCGGUCAAAAUCCUUCUCUCUCGAAUGGAGCUUGAUGAGACCCAUAUUUUACCAAUCGUUACACUACUGCAUGGAUCCAAUCGCAUAUUUUUUCCAGCGACAAUGUGUGUUGGUACUAAAAUACCACCGGAUAACUUCAGUGGGAUCCGCCUAUCUACUCUAUGCUUUGACAAAUACUAUAUGCUGUAUUCUUGUACUGGGUCAAUUCUGCUGUGUAAAAGUAUUUUCUCUUAAUAUCGUAAGGCUGAGGAUCGCUUACAUUUGCUUAAUGGUACAGUAUUCCGACAGACACGUGUAUUUCGUGACGAUAACAAUAUUUUCGUUAUUUGCACUGAGAAAAUGAUACGAAAUGCAUUCGUCUGCCGAAAUUCACCUCCUCACUAUACUUCCCAUAUUACUGAGAGGAACUAAUUGUUU